AUGCGGCCCGCGGGGAUCGGGAGGCACGUCGCCGGUCGGCCGUGUAGCAACUGGCUGGCGGUGCUGCAGGGGGCGCAGGAGCUACUCAUCUACCAGGUCGGCCAGACGUACCAGCACGUGCGGCUCCUCCAGACCCUCACGCUGCCGUGCAGCGCGCCGCGCAACGCAGCGGUGCGGCACCCCGCGUCGGUCGCGUGGUCGCCGUGCGGCCGGUACCUCGCGGUGUGCCACGCUGCGCACGUGGAGAUCUUCGUCGUCCGGGGCGGUCAGCUGCGUCCGGUCGGGGCCCUGUCGGUGCCCUUUUACGCAACCAGCGCCGCACUCCGCACCCUCCGCGACCCCGCGCACGCCCUGCUCGUCGCCGUGACGGGCGCGGCCGGCACCUUCUGCCUCACGACCGCGCUCUCGCACGCGUCCGAGGUGCGCUCGGCCCCGUCCGACGCGCACGACGCAAGAUGGUUGCCGUACCACUUGGGGGGGGUGUUGCUGGCAGGGUCCGCCUGCUCCGCCGCGGCGUUCAGUCCGACGGGGGGGCUCCUGGCCGUCGCCGGCAUCGAGGGGGCCGUCGAGGUGUGGGACACGGCCGCGAGCGAGGCGCGUGGUGGUGCGACGUGGACGGUGAAGGAGUGGCGUCUGGUGUACAGCGACGUGCACGACAUGGAUACCGCGCGCGCGAUGAUGCGCGUCGUGGACCUGAGCUUCUCGCCCGACGAGCGCUGGAUCGCGGUCGCGUCGUGGCAGGGCACGGUGCGCCUGUUUGCCAGGGGCGCCGACGCAGACGCGUGUGGGGCGGUGCGGGGCGGCCGCGUGUACGUGCGGCGGCUGGACGCGGGCGCCGACGGCGGGGACGUGGCGGACAGGCUCGCGGCGACGUCCAUCGCUGGCGGAGGCGGGGCGGAGCAGGGGUGCCACUGGUGGGCGGAGGGCGUGUUGCGGGACCCAUCGGAGGGCUGGCGGCGCCUGCAGGGCAUCAACUGGGCGCGAGAGACUCUCUCAGGCGACGCCCUGUGUCCGGACCUCCAGUGGCCCUGCGUGGCGCGGCUCACGCCGGAAGCGACGGAUCUGCUCGCGUCCGGCCGGCCCGUGGAGCCCCCGGCGCAGCCACGCCAUGCUGCCACGUCAGGCGGCGGGUGGGACGCGCAGCGCCACAAGGCGGUGUUCGGGACGGUCGUGAAGAAGAGCAGCCUGUGCGAGCAGUGCAGCGGAUUAAUGGAGGACCUCGGCGCGUCCACGAGCGUGGCAUGGGGCGCCGCGCCCGCCCCGGGCUGCGGAGCGCGCCCCGUGCUGCUCGCGUCGCGCUACGGGGGGCCGCUCGAGGCGUACGAGGUGGCGCCGGCGCAGACCGGUGCGCUCGCGACGCUGCGCGGACUAUCGUCGAGCUGGGAGGACCUGUUCUCCUGCGCCGCGGCGACCGCCGGGGGGCGUCCGGGGCUGCGUCAGCUGGACAUGCUGGAGGUGUGCUCCAAGUGGCCGCUCGGGCUGCCCGGGCCGGCGCACGACCAGGAGGCGGUGUUCAGCUCCCCGCUGCACACCGCCCUGAGCCUCGCGCACGGCGCGGAGCGCGUCGGGGAGCGGAUGUGGGCGCAGCGGCUGGUGACGGGGGUGGCGACGUGCCUGCAGGCCACGCACCUGAGCAUGCUCACCGUCGGGGAGGACGGCAUCGAGGUCGUCGCGGAGCCGCUCGCUGAACCAGUCCAGGAGCUGCCGCUCGACAGGUCGAUCUCCGGCAUGGUUCUGCUUCAGCGGCGCCUCGAGGAACCCCCCGCGGCGUUCCCUGCGUCCCUUGCGCGCCACCGCGUGCACCUGUGGUGUCAGUGGCUCGACACCCCCCCCUACCAGCCACGCGCGCAGGACGGCGACAGGUCGCCCGUCGAGGACGUGCUCACGCUCCUCCAGUCCCUGCUGCACAAGGCGUGGAACGAGGGUGUCGCGGUGCCCCUGCCCGACGCGCUCGGGCGGGCGCUCUCUGCGGGCGACGCACGCUGCUGCCUGUCUGCCUCGGGGUGCGUCGAGGUGCGGACGGCCGCUCGCCUCGCGGGCUGCGACGCGAAGGAUCUCACGCAGCACGACCUUUGGACGCGCGUGCGCGCAGCCAUCGGCCCGGCGCACGUGGUCCUGACUCAGGAGGGGGUGGUGUGGGUGCGCGCGCGCGCCGAGGGGGCCUCGGCGGACGCGGCGGCGUGGCGCGCGCUGGGGGUGCCGCUGGUGGUGCUGUGCAUGUCCGUGGCGCGCGACCGCCUCGGCCUGCUGUGUGCACCGGGGGGGGGUCUCGAGCUAGUAGAAAUAGAUUUGUCGGGCGGGACGGUCGUGCGGAGACGCGGCGUCGACGUGAGCGCGUGCGACCGCGACGACACGAGGCUGUUCUUGGUUCCGGGGGGCGCGGCGGAAGCCCGUGACUUCAGCUUCGCGGUCGUGGGAGUGCGGAUGGGCGCGCGAGGGCCGCUGCUGGCCGUGGCGCGGGAGAGCGGGGCGUGGGGCACGGAGCUGGCGUUCGGCGAGGAGCGCGCGCUUCACGGGCCGGGCGUGGAUGAGGCGCGCGAGGUGCGGCCCUUGGCGAUACAUCCGUCAGGGGGGGGGGUGUUGGUGGAGCUGCAGCAUGCAGCACAGCCGCUGCUCGGCGCGGUGGACGUGGCGACGGGGCGGUGCGUCCGGCCGCCGUGA